CGGGUCCGUCCCCGUGGCGGGGCUCCGCGCCGACAGGCAGCAGCUGCUCCACCGCCCCCUCCCCAGCCCGGGACCGUCACCCGGGGGCUCGCCCGGCUCCGCCCCUCGCCCGCGGGAAGGGGGCGAGGCCGCCACGCGGGCGGGGCAGAGAAGCGACACCGAGUCACGGAGAGUGGCCGCCGGCGAGCCCCAGCCCGAGCAGCGCCCCGCCCGCGUGAGUCCGCCCGGCCCCCGCUCCCGCACGAGAAACUUCCGCAGCCGCCGCCUCGCCGGGGCAGGCGAAGAGGCUAUCCUCCGUCCUGCUAGUGGGCUCAGGCUGAGUAAGCCCUGAUUGCAGGGUGAACUGGAAAUCUCCUGGAGCCCUUUCAGAUCUUGCUUCUUCGAGGGGGCUGUUCCUCCCACCCCCAGGUUUACAAUAAAAAUUGAAGCUGCAUUUCUAGCAUCUUAUGGUAAGAAGAUACGGCUGCUUCUGACCCAGUUCUUACCGGGAGAUACAACCUGAAGCUUGUUUUUCUCAGUUUUUGAAUAUGCAAGAAAAUUGAUUAUUUUUACAAAGCACGUAAACUCGUGUAACCUUUUUCUGAGUCGAGGACCGAGCGGACGUGAAGCUGAGGAUCACAAAGUAAAGUGGAUUCAGUACUAACCGCUCCUACAGUCCUGUAUGGCUUGUAGCUUUCAUCAUUAAGUUUAGCUGUGGGAGGGGGAGGCUAGUGAAUUUGCAAAAAUGGAUAAUAAAUAUGAUGAUCUGGGCUUAGAGGCAAGUAAAUUUAUAGAAGAUCUCAAUAUGUAUGAAGCCUCCAAGGAUGGACUCUUUCGGGUGGACAAAGGUGUUGGCAACAACCCGGAAUUUGAGGAAACCAGGAGAGUUUUUGCCACUAAAAUGGCUAAAAUUCAUCUCCAGAAACAGCAGCAGCAGCAAGAAGAGGAGCUGAUGUUGGCUGACUCUGGCUCUCUAAAUGGUGGGGCCAGUUUCAGUGUCCAGCAGCAGCUUCCAAACCAUCCUGUGCCUGGAGUAGCUCCGGGGGCCAGUAAAUUGCAUUCAGGAGAAAAUAUUGCCAAACCUCCUCUGGCCACAGCAUCAGUGUGUGCAGCGCACCAGCUUGCUUUUCCACAUCACCCACAAGCUGUUCCUGAUGGGCAGCGAACAAAAUUAUACCAAGAUGGCAAAACAGCUAACAAAGAACAUGGCUGUAGAGAGAAUCUGGGGGAUUCUGAGGUCUCUGAAGGACAUGGGUUCCACAGAGCAGCCCAUGUGAAUCCCAGCACUGCAAAGCCAUCUUUUCCUUCUCUUCCCCACGGACAGCAUUAUAAUGAGAAUCAGGCAGGCAUCCCUGCUUGGGGAGGAGAUGCUGGUAAGCUUUCCAUCCCAAAAUCUGGUUUGGGGAGUUUACGAUCCAAUGUUAAUCAUAGUGAUCAGCUACCAAGGAGUCCUACAAAAACCCAAGCUGAUCCUCAGCCUUACCAGCAUCAGAAGUCACUGAGCUCCUGCAGGUCUUCUGAAAGUGGGUAUGGAAGCCAGGAAAAUGGGAAUGAAAGCAACAGACUCAGUCGAGGCUAUGACCAAAACUCAACUGGUCAGAGAUCUUCCUCUUUCUCACAUACUCUGACCCCCUUUUCGACUUCUACAGGGUUUGAUGAUGAGACAGCAGUGGGAUUUCCACAGCAGAGAUCUUCCUCAUUCUCAGCCCCAUCAACAUUGCCUGCACAAGGGUUUUCAGGUCUGUCUGAUCAAUUUAGCCCAAACCCUGAGAAUGAGAUGCUACCUUCUGGCAUACCACAUAAAACCAGUCAUGACCACUCGUUAUGGUACCAUGACAAUUCUAGUUCUUCCACGUCUAGUUCAGCUCCUACUCCAUUGCCUCCAAGCGUAGAUUAUCAGCAAGCCAGUGCUUAUCCCAAGUCUACAGCCCAUUUCAUAGUUCAUGGUCAAAAUCACAGACUUAAUUGUCCUGGCUCUGGCAUAAGUCCUGAGCAGGAUUCCAUCAGCGUAGCUUCACAUGGGCCAAUGAUUUCUGAUGCUCCAAGGUCUCCAUUUAAAGAGGGCAUAAGCAGUCUGCAGCAUGACUCAGGACACCAGGAAAAUUCCAGUUCUACAAAAGUAAAGUUACCCUGUCAGACCCUCCUUCCACAGCAGGAACAAGGGCCGUCUACAGCUGAAUUAAAAUUAGAAGCACUUACCCAGCGUCUGGAGCAAGAGAUGGAUGCUCGUCCCAAGGCUGACUACUUUGGAACCUGUGUGAAAUGCAGCCAAGGUGUGUAUGGAGCAAACCAGGCUUGCCAAGCCAUGGGGAAUCUCUACCAUGAUGGCUGCUUCACCUGUGGAGCAUGCAGUCGAAAACUGAGAGGAAAAGCCUUUUAUUUUGUUAAUGGAAAAGUGUUCUGUGAAGAAGACUUUCUGUAUUCAGGUUUCCAGCAGUCAGCUGACAGGUGUUUCAUUUGUGGUCAUUUGAUAAUGGACAUGAUCCUGCAGGCUCUAGGGAAAUCAUACCAUCCAGGCUGCUUCCGUUGUGUGAUCUGUAAUGAAUGUCUGGAUGGAGUGCCAUUCACUGUAGACACGGAGAACAAAAUCUACUGUGUCAGAGAUUACCACAAAGUUUUAGCUCCAAAAUGUGCAGCAUGUGGACAUCCCAUUCUGCCAACUGAGGGGUCCGAUGAGACCAUUCGGGUUGUGUCCAUGGACAAGGAUUACCACGUGGAAUGUUAUCACUGUGAGGAUUGUGGGAUGGAACUCAAUGAUGAAGAUGGACAUCGCUGUUAUCCGCUAGAUGAACAUUUGCUUUGUCACUCCUGUCACCUGAAGCAUAUAGAGAAAGGCACAACUCCAGCAGCUAUGUACCAGCAUCACUUCUAGUCAGUACUGCUAAUUCCCAGAAUUAGCCUGUCAGAGGACUUGUUAUAAUACACAUUUUUCCCCAGUUGAUUUCCAGUAUGCAUUUUCCCCAAUCAGUAAUUUACAGUAAGAGGAUACAGAGACAUUAGCUAGAUUUUUUUCAAGGUUUGUAUGUAUGUGAGCUCCACUCAUAUCACAAAUACGUUUAUUUGAACAUGUAAUGUUUUCCAGGCCGGUCGAUUUAUUUUCCCAUGCCUUUUUACAAUCUCAAGAGCUCUUUGCUUUCACUUGGGAAGAUUUUUCAGUAGAAGGAUAACCAUCUAUCACAUCAGUGAGUUCAUAUGAUGUCAUGCACAAUUAAUAAGCCACAGACCUCUCUACCUGCCUGCUGAGAACAUUUCUUCUGUCUGUGAAGUGGUUUCUGACAAGCACGUUUCAUCAAAUCCCCCAAGGAUAUCAGCUUAUUAAUACUGAUUCUUAGAAUCUUUAUAAUUCUUUAGAAAAAGGGCUCUGUGCACAAAAGCACAUUCAGACCUUUCAGUUUGUCCCCAGAACUCCGAUGCCAGCCCAGCUGUGAAAUGGUUGUGACGCAGAAUAGCAAUCUGAGCACAAACAAACCAGGCAUCUCACUUGGCUGCUGAAUGUCCACAUCCCAACAAUUAUUUUUUUUAAAACUGGAGCAAGAUCUACAAAGCCAUCUUGGCAAAUGUGGUCACCUGUGCUGCUGCUUGUGCAUAAGCAUGGUACACUAGGAUCACUUUGUUGUAUAAAGUCUGAGCAGCAAAUUACAUUUGAAAAGAUCUGGAUGCUGAAAAUAUGUACGGGAGGGCAAUCUAUCUCCCAUUGUUUCUUGCAAAGGUCACUUUAGAAGAGAGCUCUGUGCACACAGACACUUCCUAAGCCUUUCAUUUUAUCCAUGGAGCGCAGACAUCAACACUGCUGUGAAAAAGGUGCAAGUCAAGAGGGCUCAAUGCUCACUUCUACAGUGUUUAUCCAGCUCAGACCUGUUUCAUAACGGUGCCUAUUUAGAGUUCUGGGAACAGAUUCAAGAGCAUGAUGAAGGCUUUAUGUUUGCACAGUUUUAGAUCCUAACUCUGCAUCCCUCACUUGUGAGUAAGCCCGUUGACACACAUGGAUUUGCUCACAUGAAUAAGGAUUACUUACGUGAGCAGGGCUUCCAGGAUUAGAUCCUUAUUUUUUUUGUUCCAUUUAGAAAGCAAAAAUGGCAAAUGUUUUUCCUUUUUAAACACCCAUGCCUUUUAAUCAAAGAAAAUGCCUCCCAAUGGGUGCACAGCUAUGUGUGUGGUAAAUAUGCGAUGGGUAUUAUUUACAGUACACAUACUGUGCGUACUAAAGCUUUGCAGAAACUGGUAUACAGGUACAAUUUUUUUAAUUAAAAAACCAGCUGUUUCCACUGCUGUUUAGUGUCUGUGAACUGACCUCCCCAACGUAUCCUCAGUGUAUUGAAGACUAAUUAAAUACUAACUAAA